AUGGCAUCGUUAGAUGAAGAGAGAUAUUUGAGAUACCUAUGGCUGCUAGGCGAGGGUGGUUUGUUUGUAUUACGAGGUGUUAUAUCGAGAGAAACAACUAAGAGCGGUAGCACUCUUGAUAAUCUUCUGCAGAAUGGACGUGCUCAGUUCAAAGGCGUUUUACAGAAACAACGCGAUUGUCUUUUUCCUACCACUACGACAGUAAACGCAGAUACAUACACUUGGGAUAUGUCAAUACUCUUUGUUGUGCUGAAGAAACUUUUUAGGUCGGGCCUGUCCCUUAUAGAAAGAGCUGAUUUGUCAACUUUGAAGACCUAUCGAGAUGAUUUCCAAGGACAUCCUCCGAUAAUGUCUAUGAAUGCAUCAGAUUAUUUAAGCAAUCGACAGCGUCUUGAGCAAGCUUUACGACAACUUGCAUCAGGAAUAAAUGGGAAAGUUGAAAUUGAAAGUAUUAUCAAAAGAACGGCAACAGGCAGAAUUGAUUCGGAUUCAAUCUUUACACACAUAAGAGAGAUAUAUGACUUCAAGACAAGUUUCUUAACAGCCGUUGAAGACAUGCUACAACAUGUCAAUUCAAAAUUCUCUUCUGUUCAAGGAAAUGAGGAACUGAUACUUCAAAAGUUGACUGACCUGCAAAUCAAACACUUUCGGAAAACAAAACAUAAGUAUUCACGAGAGUUAAGAAUAAUCAUACAAGCCGAAUGUGAUACUGAAGAAAAGCAAAGGAAAGCCAACGACUUACUGUUUGAGUUUGUCGAGUUAAUACAUAGAGAUACAGCAAUUCGUAGCGAUGAAAUUAAAAGAAUAAUAACACAAAGGGUUGAAUGGUACGGCGAAAUUACAUUACAAUUGCUAGAUGAUUUAAUUGAAUGGUUCAGUGAUAUAGAAGACCUGUCUGACGGAGUUGGCAAACCUCGUUUGGGAAGUAUCAUUUUACCAAUUUCCUGUUCUUCGGUAACAGGCAUCCUCACGCUUUUGAAAUAUAUGAAUGGCGAUCAAAGCAAACAAUGUUUAUCAAGAAUUUCUUCAACUAUCAGUGUAUCACUUGGAUUCCCGUGCUUAUUAUCAUGGAAAGUUGAACCUAUGAGUCUAACGAGUGCUCUUCCCACAAGUUUAUUAAGCCCUGGAAAAGGAAAAAGAUCAAAAGAAGUGAAGAAUUUAGUAUUACCUAUUAAUGCCAUUAAUAUAGAACAGUUGACAGAUAUUUGUAAAAUGUUCGGCGAAGCAGAGAGAAGCAGUAAUAUGGAAAAGAUAUCCACUUCAUUAUCAAAAAUAUUCGGAGAAACCAUUAGUCUUAAAACAAACGUUGACAAUGAUCAGUUACGGAGUAUUGUAAAUGAAAAAGGUUAUACUGAAAGCCAACCUGACAAAUUAAUUGAUGGCCAAUCAUCUGACGUAAAAGACAAGAAGCGAACUCAGAAAAAGUUAAGUUCGUCUGAUUCCGGUGAAGGUUAUACUGAAAGCCAACCUGACAAAUUAAUUGAUGGCCAAUCAUCUGACGUAAAAGACAAGAAGCGAACUCAGAAAAAGUUAAGUUCGUCUGAUUCCGGUGAAGAUUUACUAUCAAUGACAGAUGAAAUGUCGGAAUUGCUUGACUUCAGCAGAAAGGAAGACUUCAGCAGAAGGGAAGAGGUUAAUUGGGUAAUGUCAAUACUUGCACUUAAGAUCACAGCAGAUGAAGCUAUGACAUAUUUAGCGAGGUCAAUUUUCAAACAGUUCUUCGACAGUUUGACUCCUUCUGAGAAAAACAACCUUCAAAAUUUGCUAGAUAUCGCUCAAAAUCGAUGCAAAGUAUACAAAUUAAGACGAGUUGAAGAACCUCUUGUAUGGGAGGUUAACGCACCAGAGUGUAGGUCUUUGUUGAAGAAGCUUGUCUCAGCUCAUUGGAAACCAGCAAACCUUGAAUGGGACAAUAUUGGAGAUAGUAAUGUGGAAAGUUACUGGAAAAUCGCAAAGCUAUACAUGCCACGGGGAAACAAGAAGAGCACUUCUCCAAAGGAUACAGACAUGCACGCAAUACUUAAUUUGUUGAGGAACUUCAAACUGGAAAAUUUUGCUAAGGAAAGGAAUGCAAUAGAUCAGAUGAUUCGUCACAGGAACAAUUUAUGUCAUUCUCCCGACACCACAAUUUCGGAAAAGGAAAUGACUGAAAUAUUCACGAAUAUUAACACAUUCAUGGAUAGUACCACGUUGGAUGAAGAUAUUAAAUCAAAGACAAAGAAUAAACUUCAACAGGUUCAACUUAUAUCGAAUGAAGACAAAUGGCACUUGUACAAGGAAGUCUUACCGGUACAAAUAACAGGUUUUGCAGUGGAUCUGGACAGAACUGAGCAAUUCUUGAGCAUCACUAAAAGACUACUAUUUGUAUUUGAAAAUGCCAUGAAACGAAAAUAUGUUGACUAUUUGCCACGUAAUUGGCGUGAGAGUUUAGCAGAAGUUGAUUUAGUAAUGGCGUGUGUAAUAUGUUUCGUUGGUAUGGGAGUAUAUUACCUCUGGAGACAUAAGCUCACUCAUUAA